UUCUUAGCGUCGUCGCCUUUGGCUUUCCUCUCGCCCUCGCAGAGCGAACAGGUUUCUCGAGUAGAUUGGCGACAAAUACACCCACGCGUCUCAUUUGCGCCACUUGGCCUGCACGUCACACCUAACUUCACCUUCCACCUCGUGCCAGACGCGUCAUGUUCUUCCGACGAAACCACUUCGAAUUCAUAUGCGUUCUUUUCCUUCUGAGAUGGGCCGCUCCUGCCUUGGCCGACUUCGACUGCCACCCCCGCGUGGGGAAUCACACUUAUGAUCUUACUCCAGUGGAGGCGGAACGCACGAUCACACGAGAGCGCAGCACACCCCCCACGCGAGAAGUGGACUCUGUUCGCUUCUCUCUAUGCGCCGAUUUGAAGAAGGAUGACAAGUUGUCUGCAAGCGAUCAGUGCCCACCGGGGACGCGCGUUUGCCUCACCAAGAUCAAUCGCAAGCCUGAUACGCCAGACCGGAUAACUUCUGUCGUGCCUUUGGCCCAAUCCGACGCCCUGAAUCCAUCCCUCAACGCAUUACAGUCAGCAAGAGGCUUGUCAAUAUUGUUGCACGGCAGCACAUAUCCGCAUCCCAUCAACGUGACGGACUCCCCGCAGUCCGUGAACAUCACGCUACUAUGCGAUCCCACCAACGAAGGCGAACCUGUAUUCAAGUCGUACGACGGUGCGCGACUCGAGGUGGAGUGGUCGACCCGUGCAGGAUGUGGCUUCAAGAGCGAUAAUGGGGGCGAAGCACCGCCGGACCACGAAGAGGAGAAGGAGGAUCCCAAAGUGCCCUCCAGCUCCUCAGGGCUAUCUUCCGUUGGAUGGUUUCUGUUACUACUGGUCAUCGCAUUUGCUGCUUAUAUGGGAUUCGGAGCGUACUACAACUAUACUAACUAUGGCUCCCGGGGCCUCGAUCUCAUCCUCACCGUGAUUUCUGGAACGAAGUGCCGUACAUGUUCAAGGAUGUCAUAUCACAUCUUUGUGUUCGGCCGCGACGUUCGGCUAGUCGGGGAGGGUACGUUGCUGUGUAGAUUAUCCUUGUCUAAUAUACACGUCGGGUCUAUCGAUGUGUGCUAUCGUCUGCCACAGGCCGGAUUCACACUCGUUUUCCAGAACGCGAUCUGCGUCGUCGAGAGCAAUCUCCUCCUCGAUCUCCACUGCCCACUCACUGUCCGAUUCAGAUUCCAGGGCUUCAUCAAGUGCUUCGUAUGACGCGGGAAGCCAAACGGGAGAAGGAACCGGCAACGGUGUUUCUUCCUCGAUCAUCUCUAGAUCCUUGUCUUCAACUUGCUCAUCGUGAUCCGGGGAAAGCCGAAAGCCCUUGAUUUCGAGUGCAGCGAUGAUUUUUCGAGCGUCAACCUGAUACUGUGAGAAAAGCACCUUGCUUGGGCAUGAAAACAGAACAUACCCCAUCUUCUGCCGCUCGCCAGACUUUCUUUCCUCCCUUCAGCGUCACAUCUUGCUCGUGCAAUAAGAUUGUAUGGAACAGAACGUCAGCGGUAAAAUCCACGAGGAUUUCUUGCAGAAGAUGAAUUGUUCGUUUCGUUAUCGUGUGGUGCUCGCUAGAAUAUCGAAUCAAACGUCUAUUCACUCUCGACUGGAAGGGAGGAUUCUGCACACCCAACAAGCGUCUCCAAUCUCUUGAAGUUGAACAUGUCAAAACCCAGUUUUGCAAGUGAUUCCGGACCCAGACCCGAGUCCCGCAGGUCUUUCAACACACGAUAUCCUGCGUGUAAGCCACUGGGUUUGAUGAGUACGUUGUCGCCUUCAGGCUCGACGCUCUGACAUUCAGUCAGGACUGGCUACAUCGGACAUGUGAGAUUGCAUACGGUUCCGAGUUUAUCGUAUUUUGUAUAAGUCUUCGCUCUGACUUUCGGAACGUAAACCUUAGUCGGUUUCCGACCGGGCUGGAGCCUGGAUGUCUCCAGAUUCGCUGCCAUUCCUGAGGCCGCGGCCCGCCGUUGACGCAUGCGCAGACGAUUGUUGAUCCGUCGACGGGAAGCAGGGCUCAACGCCCUAGAGUCGACAGGGUCCGGGGAGACAGCUCGGGACGAAGAUGGAGAUGGAUCGCGCGACGGGUCAACGGAUGUUGCGGGAGCUUCGUCUCUGAGCAGUUUGUUCAGCGCUUGCAGAUGCAGCGUGUCUAGCACAGCGGGAAUCCUCGCAUCCAUCCCAGGUUCAUCCCGCUCAUCAAAGCCGAUGUUUUUUUCACGCCGCACUAGCUGAGCAGCAUGAUCUUCCUCAAAGGCAACCCACGCCUCGGAAACAGACAUGGCGAUGGGGAGAUCGGUUCGACUAGCGUGCUCAUGCGCUUGCGCUGCCGUAUCCAGUGCGUUAAGAUACGCACAAACGUCGCUUAGCGACUUGGAUGGUAUCGACUCCGCGAUGAGGUCUGGUCUAAUGCGCGAAUGUACAGCGAGCGAAUGGAAGAAGAGGUCGAUUUCAUCGGCAGUCCAAUGCGCGAACGGAGUUGAUUGGCUGACGACACCCUUGAGAUGUUGCCGAAAUGAUUUCAGGUGGUCAUUGUAGUACUGUUGAUAAGGGAUGGACAUGAGCAGUGAGAGGGCAUCGAACUGGAAGAGCAGAAGAAGCAAUUCCGUCAACACUUGUCAACAACACGUCCUUAUGCAGAACGCUCACAUUGACUUGGAGCCAAUCGUUCGAAUACGCGACCUGAAGAAGGAUCGAGUCAAUUUCGUGCUUGAAAAUGUCGACCUUGCAUUUGCCAAUUCCUUGCGGAGAGUCAUGAUGGCAGACAUCGCUACCGUCGCUAUAGACCUAGUCGAAUUCCAAGCCAACACUACUGUCCUUCCCGAUGAAUUCAUUGCCCAUCGGUUGGGCAUGAUCCCUUUGUUCAGCUCGAACUGCGACGAGGCCAUUCGCUACAAUAGAGAUUGCACAUGCAUGACAUCUUGUCAGUACUGUUCCAUCCGACUGAAACUGGAUGUCUCUUGCAAUAGCAGCACGACUAUGGACAUAACGAGCAACCAUCUGGAGAUUGUUGGCUAUCAUUCUCAUAUGGACGACUUCUCCGAAGGCGAAACCGGUGAGGAGGUGACUAAACGCGGGGAAUACUUUGGACAUCCCGUGGGCAAAAAUGAUCCUGACGCCGAACCGGUGUUAAUUUGCAAAAUCCGGAAAGGACAAGAGUUGAAGUUACCUGUAUCGCGAAAAAGUCGUCAGGGCAUCGCCAAAGAGCACGCGAAAUGGUCGCCGUGUUCAGCGGUUUCUUUUGAAUAUGACCCAUACAACAAGCUUCGACAUACAUCGUACUGGUUCGAGCAGGACGCGCAAUCGGAAUGGCCGUUGAGCGAGAACGCUGCAGAGGAGGACAUGCCGCGUGACGACGAGAUGUUCGACUUCAAUGCUCAGCCUUACAAGUUCUACUUUGAAGUGGAGACGGAUGGCAGUCUUGGGCCGAGGGAAGUCGUGAUGCAGGGGUUAACGGAGCUGCAGAACAAGUUGGCCAAGAUCGUGCUAGCACUGAAGAAAACAGAUCCUGAUAUGAUUACGGGAGAACGUGCAGACGAAGCUCCGCCUGCUGACCAUUGGGGCGGAGCGCCUGGUCCUAGUGGCCCUGGUGGCGGUGGAGGUUGGGGCGGUGGGACCGGUGGAAAUACUUCGACGUGGGGCGCCAGCCCUGGUCGUGGGAACACUGGUGGAUGGGGUGGUGGCGGAGGGGGCUGGUCUAGUCCCAGCCAGUCCGGUGCCGCAGGGUGGAAUGUUUGA